AUCAAUUUCUUUGAAAACGCACGUCGGGUUUCGUCUCUGCAGAUCACCACAUAUCAUCGCGCGCUAAAAACAUGGGGUUUUGCAGUGUUUUGUGUUGCGGAUGGAUAAAACGUCAAAUUGCCUCUUCUCGUCUCUGCCGCUGCGUUGUUUCUGCUUUGGCCUCCUAGCUGUUGUUUUCUCGUCUGUCUGCAACUCUGGUCACAUUCGCCUUUUCGAACUCUAGAAAAUCGUCUCCAUAUUUGAUUGAGUCUCGCGCUUUCCGCCCGUCUCGCAACCCUUAACAUUUCGUUUCUUCGGGUGAAUAUUCGGGACUGGCCAGCAGGAAAAAGUGACUCAAGCAAGCUGGUUCGCGCAUGUCUUUUCCCUCCUCUUUCGCAAAAUCUGUGCUCGGUUUGUAUCUCCGAAAGAACUGCACAGCGAUGAACUGUCAACUUUCGAGCAUCGCUUGGGAUGUCGUCGGCCCUCCACUGACGGUAGCGCGCACUCGCUGUGCCGGUUUACCGAAGUCGGUGUCGGGGCUGAGUAACUGGAAUUCGGGGCAACAGAGGAGGCUGUCUCUCGGAAGGAAGGCACUCCACUCUUCGAACCGUCGUUCCCCCGCAAAUCCACUUUUGGGACAAAUACGACCGCAGCCACCCUGCAUUGUUACCGGCGCGCCGGUGGGAGGGUACUCGCCCCUGCUUACCCGGCGGUUUCUGGGGAACUUGGCAGCUCGUAACCUAGGCACGAACUUCGUUUCUAGAAGUGGCGCCACCCUUCUCUUUCUGGCAACUCCGACUCGGCUGAACGGAACUGUCGCGGCGGCUUCGCAGCCAACAAACGCAGCCGACCGCCCUACCACCUCCUCGGCCGAAGAAGAGGACUUGAAAAAAAAGUUGGACGACCUCGUGAAAUCCACCCCCGUUGUGCUGUUCAUGAAAGGCUCUCCAAAGGCACCGAUGUGUGGGUUUUCGGCACGGGCAGUUGGGAUACUGAACUCUCUCGACGUUGACGAAUACACCUUCGUUAACAUUCUGCAGUACCCUGAUGUACGCGCACUUGCAAAAAAGCACUUCAGCUGGCCCACCUACCCACUUUUAAUCGUGGGCGGGGAAGUCGUCGGCGGGGUGGAUAUCAUGGAUGAACUUAACAAAACAGGAGAACUGGGAGAGAUGAUCAGACAAGCUGUCAAGGGGUCCGAAUGUGCGGCUGUUCAACCUGCGGGAGGUCACUCUAAACCCUAAGACACCUGCUUUGUCUUUCAGCUUUACCGCACUCAAUCACAACUGUCUCCAGGCCAUCUUCACGUGAAAACGCGGUGCCGGACGCUUAUGCUUCGGGAAUCUUGUGUCGAGCGUUAUAUUUGAUUGGCCUGACAGUCACAGGAAAGGCAGCUGAGUCAAGCGGACCCACGCGAUUCAUCGAAUUAAAUUACAUGCUCCACCGCUUUUACAAGCCACCG